AUGUCGACUAUGAGCAGAUCUCGUACAAGUCUUUCACCAGCGACCUCUGAAAGAUCUACGCUACCUAUGGGCGCAUCUGCAGAACCUGAAAGCCCAGAAUUCAAACCUCUAGAGCCGACAAGGGAGGAGCUGCUUACACAUUUCUUCGAGCGAUUUAAAUUUUACACAUCGCUCUGCCUUGGCACUUCUGCUAUACUCGCUGUCUUUGCCUUUCUAUUUUUAAUACCGUUUGUGGUCGAACCAGCGAUACAAACGAUAUUAGCGGAGUUCGCUCCGGAAGCUGGCAUUUGUGCAGUGUCGAAACAUAUCUACGCUGAGACUUUAACUAAUUGCACAUGGGCGUCGUGUCGGGAAGGCUGUACCAGCACUCAUACGAAAUGUCACAAAAUACGCGUUAACCUAGCUAGAAGACCGUUCGAAGAAAAUAUCCCAGUACCAAAAGAGUGGGAUGCGACGGAUUUAAAGUUCCUGAUCAACCCUGAGGGUUGCGGUUAUCCACCGAGAGUUAAUUGCUCGGAGUUCGCGAUUGAUUAUGCUGGGAAAAAGGCGCCUAAGCUCUUCCCGUGCUACUAUAGCAUGACUCGACCAGAAUUGGUGGUAGCAAGAUAUUCCUGGGAUUCGACUAUUCGUGGUUUAAUCUUGGCAUUGGUGCUGCCUACGACUGUCUUCAUCUUCAGUUUAAGUGUACUCGCAUACUGGCACUGUCAUUGCUGCGACAGAGCUUGUAAUAGGCGAGUGCAUGCUGAAUCCUUUGCGAGUAAGGAAGAUAGCAAACUUCUAUGUGAAUUAGAUGAAGAUCCAAGUGAUGACGUGUUCUGACGCCGAGCGACCACCAUAGCGCGCCGACGUGCCUCUCCCCGUACCGAAGGCUACACGCAACUUUAAAAAUGAAUAAUUGCAAAUUUAUUAAAGCAACGUAAUUUUUUUUUUUCAAGAAUGCAAAUAUACAACUCCGCUGCGUAAAUGCGCAAAGCCAAACAAAGCUUUAGAAAUUAUUUUUUUAUUUAAAUUAAUAAAAUAUAUUGACAGAUUGUAAAUUAAAAUCACAAUAAAGAUAAACAAAGAACAGUUAAUCUUUUAAUUUAUUAGUCAAAAUUUUUACGACACAAAUAAAAUCCAAAUUAUUAUUUGUAGAAAAUUUUGUUUAUUUUACAGUCUCAGAUAUCAAGCAGCGAAGAUUUGCGAGUAAUAAAAUGUGUAAAAGUUAAAAAAUAGCGUCUCUUUGUUCUAAAUUGGAGCUAGGCCGGGUAGGUUAAGGUCAUUAAGUUAUACUUUGCCUUCAUAUUUGUAUUUAUUAAGAAUGUAAAAAUUUACACGCUAACGUUUACUCUACAGACAUCUUCUUCAUA